AUGGAGACCAGUUCCCAAGCUGGAUCCCCCAGCGAGCCGCCCAAGAAGCGAAGAAAGGGCACGCCUGUGCGUGUGGUGGACAAGGAGGCGGUACCUUCCCCAGCCAGUGUUCCCAAAGCGGCAGGGACGCAGCCUCUGCGUGAGGAAACCCCGAGUCAAGGUGUCAGCGUCAUGCCCCUCGCCGAGGUGCCCGGGGACGCAGCAUUGAAAUGGCGCGACUCUGUCCGGCGGCGCGACGUGAAGGCGGGCCCCUUCACCCAGGCAGAGAAGGAUACCAUUCGCCAAGCCCUUGCCAAGUGGGCAGGGGAGCAUGGCCACUCCCAGACAGAUUUCGACUGGGUUUUCAACCCCCAGGCUUCCCGGUCAGGCCUGUGGAAGGCGGUGGGGGCCUACCUCCCACAUCGGACUAUCAAAGCGGGACGCUGGACGAAGGAGGAGGAUGCCAAGCUCCUUGCAUUUGUGGAGGAGCAUGGCAAAUCCUGGGUCAAAGCAGAGGCUGCCCUAGGGCGCAUGGCGGUGUCGUGCCGGGAUAGAUGGCGGGAAAUAAGGCUUGGGAGCGACAAGAAGAGCGGCCCAUGGUCGGCAGACGAGAUCGCUCGGCUACGAAAGGCCAUCGCCGACUACGAGGAGGCGCGGCAGUCGACGGAGAGUGCAGCAUCAGCUCAGAAGCUUUCGUACAGCCAUGACAGCAAUGGAGGUGCUGACUCUCCGGCAGACGAAGAGGAGGGAGUUGGAGCGGGCCUCGGCAGCCGCCGUAUCAUUCUGGACGACAUUGACUGGGGAAUCAUCUCUGACCAAGUGGGCACCCGGUCCAACAUCCAGUGCCUGGACAAGUGGUACCGCCAGCUGUCUCCCUCCAUGGUGACCCGGGGGGAGUGGGGCACCGGGGACGACCGGAGGCUGAUGAAGAGCCUAUGGCUCUCCGGCGCCUGCAAGGAGUGGGAGGUGGACUGGGGCGCCCUGGUGAAGGGCCGCUCCGCCACCCAGGCCAAGCGGCGUUGGCGUCUGAUGGCCCGAGUCAUCCCCGAGCACCGGGAGAAGGACUUCUGGGAGCAGGUUGACUGGCUGGUGGACACCUACCUGCCAGCACUGAAGGAGGGGGACUUGAGGACGCCCGGAUCUGCGACCAAGACAGCCGCUGCUUGA